UUCCUUCCCCUUGUUUCCAUGACUUCUCCUCGCACAGCUCUCCUUGCCACUUGAGCCACUUGGAUGCCUAGGCAGAGCAGGGCGCUGUUUGUGGGCAGCAUGCUCGCCCUGCCGGGCUGCCUGCGCGCUGCGGCGUUCUGGACGCUGGUGUACUCUUACUGCCUGCUGUACUCCUGCACUGCGCUUGUCAAACUUUUCUGCAGCAUCCUCAUCAGACCAAGGAGGACCUUCCAGAGGAUCUCCAGGGAGGUCGCACCAGGCUGCCUAAAUGACCCUUUCCUGGGCACACACUGCUAUGUGCGGCUCAAGGAUUCCGGGUUACGGUUCCACUAUGUCGCUGCAGGAGAGCGAGGAAAGCCACUCAUGUUACUGCUUCAUGGUUUUCCGGAAUUCUGGUAUUCCUGGCGCCAUCAGUUACGGGAAUUUAAACGUGAAUACCGAGUGGUGGCUCUUGAUUUACGAGGUUAUGGAGAAACAGAUGCACCUUCAUGUAAAGAUAAUUACAAACUAGACUAUAUCAUUGUGGAUGUUAAAGAAAUUGUGGACUCUCUAGGUUACACCAAAUGUGUCCUCAUUGGCCAUGAUUGGGGUGGAAUGAUUGCUUGGUUAAUUGCCAUAUGUUACCCAGAGAUGGUCACCAAGCUGAUAGUGUUGAGUUUUCCUCAUCCGACAGUGUUUACAGAAUAUAUUCUACGAAACCCUUCACAAUUGCUUAAAUCUGGUUACUACUUCUUUUUCCAAAUGCCUUGGUUUCCUGAACUCAUGUAUACUGUAAAUGAUUACAAGAUCCUUAAAGAUCUAUUUACCAGUGAUGCAACUGGCAUCAGAAAACACAGCUUCAGGUUCACAGAUGAAGACAUGGAGGCUUACCUUUAUAUAUUUUCACAACCUGGAGCCCUAAGUGGUCCUUUAAACCAUUAUCGCAAUAUCUUCAGCUGCCUGCCUUUAAAGCACCACCAGGUGAGCAUGCCAACGCUGCUACUGUGGGGAGAACAUGAUGCAUUUGUGGAAGUGGAAAUGGCUGAAUUGACGCGAGUAUAUGUGAAGAAUUACUUCCAGCUAUCCGUAUUAUCCCACGGCAGCCACUGGCUUCAGCAGGAUCAGCCAGAAUUGGUUAACACCUUGAUAUGGACAUUUCUAGAGGAAGACAGAUUUCGAGCAAAAGACUGAAUCUGAGCACUGUUAUAUACAUAUAUAAAAGGUGGGUGUGGUUCAUCAAAUCGACAGUGUCUAGGUCGACAAUGUUUAGGUCGACCACUAUAGGUCGACAGUCACUAGGUCGGCAUGGAUGGAAGGUCGACAGGGUUUCUAGGUCGACAUGUGCUAGGUCUAGAGGUCGACAUGGGGAUUCUUUUUUUGUGUGUCGUUUUCUUCGUAGAGUGACCGGGAUCCCAAAUUAGUGCACCGCGUCCCCUCGCAUGGCUCGCUUCGCUUGCCAUGCUUCGGGCAUAGUGCCUUCGCUCCGCUGCUGCUUCGCUCGGCACACUUUACCGUUCCAAUCGUAGUCCACGUGGAUUGUUAAGUAUGAAAAAUUUUUAAAAAAGAAAAAAAAUGUGAAAAACUCAUGUCGACCUUUAGACCUGUCGACCUAGCACAUGUCGACCUAGAAACCCUGUCGACCUUCCAUCCAUGUCGACCUAGUGACUGUCGACCUAUAGUGGUCGACCUAAACAUUGUCGACCUAGACACUGUCGAUCUUCAGACCGGAUCCCAUAAAAGGUCUACUCUUGCUUGUAACCACUUCUCUCCUAGAACAGGAAGCUGGUUUACUAAUAGAAACAGCAAUUAUCUAACAAAGGGCCAUAUUUAGCUUGUCUCAGUGAACACGGUCACUAUAAUGUGUCUACAAUGAUGUCACUGUGUAUUAUAUACAGAGCGGAUUGUCCCGUAAAAGCUGUGUCAAUUGUUAAUGCCAGUCUGAAUUGUAGUGUUAUAUUUUGCACAUAUACAUGCCUUAACAUCUCUGAGUUUACACUGUACAACAAUUAAGUCUUGUGAGUCUCUGAUCUCUUGCAUUCUUUACAAUUGUUGUGUGGUGCCUUGUAAUAAAAUGUAAAAUAUCAAUACAGGGGUGCCAUUGGCCAGCUGGUCACAUGGAUAUAAUUUCAUUUUUAUUUUUUUACUACAUUUUGUAACAUCACUGAGAUGUUGUCACUGCACGAAAUGGCCUGUCCUGAUGCUGUGACUCUUUGUACUAACGUUUGUUCUGGUGGUACUGUGUUUCUGCUAUUUGUUGUUGACUAUAAGGAUGUGAAUAAUGAAAUGUUUUACCUCAUCUUAAUACUUAGCACAAUGUAAGAUAUAAUACAGUGCUGUUAAUCUUUGGCUUGAUUACUUGAAGCAGGACACGCUAUACUGUUACUGCAGGUGACUUCAGCAGAAACAUUGAUUUGCAGUGAACCGAUUUAUUGAAGAAAGAAAUUUUAUUUUGCUUAAAAGUUAAUGUACCUGAUUUUUUUUUCUUAUUAAUGUAAAUCACGAAUAUUACAGAGAAAGAAAAGCUGUUUAAUUUUUUUUUUUAAUCACGUCAAAAUGUUCAACAUUUUUGCAUCACAGCUACAUAUUUAUUUUGUAAAAGGUAAUCUAUUAAGAUACAUUUUGUUUCUGACAGUGCACCUUAUUUAAAAAAUGCUUUGUUUUAGUGGCAUGAUACCCCCAUAUUUUUAUAUGUUUUCUUUAGAUAGCAAUUAGGCAAUGACUAAUCCUCAUAACAGAUCACAAUAGUGACACCUACAAAGUGCAGCUGUAAAAAAGGUAUUAAUAAACACAAAACUAUAAAAUAGGAUUCACCAUAAAUUGAACAAAGAAUUUUGGGAAAAAAAUAGAUUUAUGCAAAUGAGUUGUAUUUUAUUAAAAGCGUUGAUUUUUGCUUUAAAAUUUAAAGUGUCAGUUUUAAUAAAGACAAAAGCCAGGGGUAUAUGUAAUAGGGUGUGAGAAGCCAGAGUUGCAUGAGUUUGUGCGAGGAUGCCUGUAUUUGUUACGCGGCAAUCAUUUACAAGGCAGUACCAACCUGGUUUUUCCUUGUAAAAUAUUUCCGCUUUAAAAAUAUACACAUUCUCGCACAAAGCCCCAGUGUGUUUUGCCCUUAAUAAAAUUGCUGCAUUAAAUCCUGAGGCAAAAGUUGCAGAAAUUCUGCUAUUUUGAUAUAUCGCAUUUCAGUAUAUAAACCUCGAUAUUCACACUAAACACCUUAUCAGAAUAGAUGACAGUGACGCCUGCGAAAGGAAAUGGCUAUUCCACUGCUGAUUCCACCAAGAGACAAGGGCCUUAUCUAGGGUGUAUGAGUGGUGCCAUUGCACAGAGUGCAGGUCUCUGCGAGCUGCUUCGUCGAUGCUCCACUGCCCUAGCUUCUGGCUAUUAGGGUGCCUAGGACUUCUCCCUGCAGACAGGAUCCCUGCUGCAGGGCCACCAGGAGUGUCCUUUGGAUGCACCAGGCAUGCAUCCAGCAGUCUGUAUAGUCACUGCACUUCCCGGUGCUGGCAGCACUGCCCUAUCUGUGCAACGUCAUGACGUCAUGUGUUCUGGGGGAGGAGCUGGUACGGGACAGCGACAUCCUGUUGUUAAGCCGUUGCUGGCAAGAGAUUUAUUUAUUUUUAUGCUUAUAACAUUUUAGUGUUGAGAGCUGCCAUCUUAAAAGGAGUGCUGAUAUCAAGAACCCUUCAGUCAGUAGAAGCCUGAAAAUAGGCUACUACUUGAAAGCCCAGUGCAUUAAAAUCUCCCAAAAGGAGAAUAGCCCCCUAGGUGUUCAGCUAGUUAAGGGUACAAAUGACUAAAGGUGGAGCUUUUGUUUAAAAUGCACUGCUUACCACACAGUGAAGAAGCGUCCAUUUUGUGGGCUAAGCAGUAUCCUAUAAGAUGGUAGGCUUAAUUCUCAGUAAUUUGGUUCAAUACACAAAAUGGCUGCCUUAAUCAUUUGUAUGUGAUUGGUCCAUUUUAUGAAACACUUUUGGGUAUGAUGUGCUUCACAAUAUUAAAUUACAUAUAUUUUUUUUAAACAUGUAAAAAAUUCUCAUUUUUUGUCAUUCUACAAUAAAAGUGAGACUAUGCGGAAAUGAUUAUCUCCUUUAAUACUAGGUCAAAAGUUUGUUUCACUGACUUGAUUUUGAAUGCAGAUGGUAAAUGAAUAAACUUGUGCUUUGAUCAGGACACUUUCAGGGAUGCUGUGUUUUUCUUACCAGUUCUUAUAAGAAUAAUGUAUAUGUACAGUAACAUUGCUGGAGGCCAAUUACACACACAAGUGCUGUUUCAGACUUGGGAGUAAAGCAGAAAAGAAAUAUAAGGAGUAAUGGAGUCCAUACACCAAACAUACAUGAAGUGAAUUGCCGUUCUCCCAUACUUGCCUACAUAGUAAUACUCCUCUCUGGGAGAAGCCCGGAAAGGAGAAGCAGCUGGGCAAUUCGGGGGAUUGGACAGAGCUUCCAGAUCAUUAUGCCCUGCCCCAUAUAAGGAAAUCCUAUGAAUCGCAGGUCGUCAAGUGUGGGCAUAAAAUAACAACGGUUUGCAUAAUUUUAGCCCUGCCCCCUCCAUACGGAGCCACGAUUUGCGUAUUAUUUUCCUAUCCUGCCCGCUUCACUAGGAUGUGGGUGAGAUGCGGGAGGGGUACCCGCUCUUCCGUGGGACUACUACUACUUCUGGGAGAGUAGGUAUGUAUGCAUUUUUCCAAUGCCUGCGCCGGGAAAUUACAAAUUCAAACAUAUUGGAAAUUGUCGAUUCACCAAUUCUGACCCAAAAAUCAGAUUUGGAGAGUCUGCAAGUCUUCACAUGCUGGAUUUUGCAGAUUCCCUAACAAAUCGCAGAUCAUCUGCGUGUGUCGAAAUGCCGAUCGGUAGAUAGGUUAAUAGAUGUAGGAUCCACAUAACUUUGUACCUAGGCAAACAAUACUGCACUGCAGGUUGAACAGAUUUAAACUGCAGAGAUUUAGAUAUAGGAUUGGAGUAUUUUACAGUAGAUUUGUGGGCUACAUGCAAAAUCAGACAUUAUUUAUCCUGCAUGCAAAAAAUAAAUAAAUUAGUUAAUAUACUGUAAAUGUGUCUGCACUCCCUGCAUUGCAACAUGGUUUGGUUGGGUGCAAAGUAAAUGUUUGUUUUUGGGUUUUUUUUAUAUACACAUUGCUCAUUGGUGUCAAAAUUGUGCUGUUUGAUAGUACUGUUAAAAGUGUCAUUGAGAAUCAAUAAAAUCCCUGUUUUUUGAAA